AUGCCUAAAUUUGAUGAAAUUCGCGAAUCUCGCGUAAUUAAAGCUUGCGCUGCUGCUCGUGCUGUCAAAAAACCCAAUAUCAAGCGUAUUGCACGCGAAUUUGACGUGCCUUAUGGGGUGCUCCACGGGCGCAUCAAAUACGGAAGAACGUCACUUUGUGGCCGCAAUCCUACCAAUAUGGCGUUGACGAAGGCUCAGGAUCGUGCAUUGCAGGACUGGGCUGACUAUAUGCAGCGUCAUUAUAUGCCAUUGACGCCUGCAAUGGUGGAAGCAUACGCUAAUCGCUUGAUUACGUGUGCUAAAAAACCUCGAUCACCAGUUUCACAUAUGUGGGCAUAUCGUUUUAUAGAACGGUUACCACCACAUAAAAAACUUGCCCCAGUACGACAAAAAGUUAAGGAUGUCAAGCGUAUUGGUGCUGAAGAAGCUGGAGCUCUUGAACUGUGGUAUAACAAUCUCGCAAGGGUUACCAAAACCCUUCCGCCGCACUUAGUAUUCAACUUUGAUGAAUGUGGCUUUCAACCUGGUAAGGGAAAGCCUCAGAAUGUCAUAAGUGGUACAGAAUACCGUUCAGAUCUGCCCGAGGCAGAGCAUUCAGAAAAUAUUACAGCACUUGAAUGUAUUGCUGCAGAUGGCUCUUCAAUUCCUCCACUCUAUAUUUUCAAAGGAUCAACUUUCCAGGAAGAUUGGUUUCAUGCAUCUGAACAAUUACCUGAGGGUACGAUAACCAGUGUCUCUAAAAAUGGAUGGAUUAAUGAUGAUCUUGCUCUUGAAUGGUUAAAUCAUUUUCAGAAGCAUACAAUUGAUCGAGUCCGCCCAGGUGAGAAGAGGUUAUUAUUGUUUGAUGGUCAUGGGUCACAUAAAACUGAGGAAUUUAUCACACGAUGCCUCAAUUGGGAUAUCAUACCCUUUUGUUUCUUAGCUCAUUCGACUCAUAUCUGUCAACCGCUUGAUGGGAAGCCUUUUCUUGCACUGAAGCAACAUUUCAAGAAGGAAAAUAAUGAGUUAUCCUUCUGGGGACGUGAGCCUGCAGGCAAAUCUGAAUUCUUACGUGUUAUUACGAAUGUUCGGCGAGAUGCCUGGGGAAGUCGGCGUAUCCUUCGUGAUGGCUUCAAGGAACGUGGGAUAUAUCCGACCGAUGGUACUGCAAUUGUUAAGGCUCUAGAGAAGGAGAUGCCUAUAUUUGAUGAUCUGGUUAUACCUGAUUAUGCUAUACAUGGGGAAAAAACACCACCACCAGAGUUUCCCUCAUCCUCUAGUGUUGAAGCUACGCCUCCUAAAAGCAUGGAAAAACGCUUGAAAAAUUACGCCAAAUGCGCAAAUAUCCCAGGGAUUCAACCAAAACACCAGCGCAAUAUUGAUCGAAUAUUUCAAUAUGCUGAGAUUGACGCCGAACGCGCUACAAUUGCUUCUGAUACUGUUGCCAAAAUGGCAGCUAUACGCACGCCAUUACAACGUCGAAAAAGUAAGCGUCAGAUUAAGCCACUAUCGCAGAAUGGGAUACUCAGUAUUAAAGAUGCCAAUCGCAGUAUUGCUACGAGCGCGUUAAAACGCGAGAGAACUGCUAAAACGAAGCUCCGCAACGCAUACAAAAAGCAGUACGGCCGAUCGCCACCACCAUCUCCAAAACCAUUAAUUUUGCCGUCAAAUGAUGCAGAAUUGGCAAAUUUACCAGAUAGUGCCCUAUUUAGUAUAGAUACUACGCCGUUGCGUUGA